CUCGUGAAGUAUUUCUGUUGUAAAAUUCACAAAAUAUUUACGGAAGUAUGUCUCUGACAUUAAUAGAUAAACUGCAUUCGCAAGCAAGAAAAGCAACUGAUGAGGAUGUGGUUAAAAUAUGCACAAGCCUUGUGUCAGUGUUCUGCUUACCAGAGAAGUCAGCAGAAACCAUGGCUCUUUUGCGGCAACUUUUUUUCAUCUUACAAGCAAAAGACAGCAACACAAGUUUGCCUUCACCUUUGGUCAUACAGAUGAUCCAGUCUGUGACCUCCAGGGAUCAAGGCAAGCUUAAAGAGUGUGUGCUUUGUCAGAGGAUUUUACAGGAGUUACUGCCCCUUGACCAGAAGUUUGACAAUGACCUGGGAAAAAUCAGGGAUAAGAUCCCAAGUCCCUGGCAUCUACAGAUGUUUAAGGAUACAGAGUGUAUAGCUAAAGUCUACUCAAAGGCAAUUAGGUGGUUGAAGGCCCAGGACUUGGAGUUUGAGAUUCAGAGACGUCUGUUUACAUUCCUGGUGGGCAUAUCCUUACUGCACUCACCCCUCCUUACACAGGAAAAGGUACUCUCUGUGAAUGAUGUGCUAGGGGGCUGGUUGAUGAAUGCGGGGCUUUACCAGGCUCCCAAUCCUUACUCCUCCAAUCCAUUCCGUCGCAACCAGAACAACCUUGUCACAGAGGUGGAUGGAUCAACCAGCAACAACUUCUUCACUGUACUCAGCAUAGGUCAGUAUUACACGGAUGACCAGCUUGUAAACAUAUACAGCUUUUCCAUGCUAUAUCAGUGGAUAGAGCACAGUUACCAGGCUUUACUUGACAAUGACCUUGUAUCCACUGACAAUGACCCUGACAUAGACUCAAGUGAGAUGGAUGAUGAACUUCAGCAGUACAGGUCCCAGCCACAGCGCAUCAGAUCAGGAUCAAGGUCAAGCUUGGUGUCAAGGUCAACAGCAGGUGGAACAGCAUCACCAAGCUCUACAUCUAGUUUAGAGAAGCAGGCUAUAUUUAGAACUUCAUCAGCAGAAGUAAAACAAUCGCCUAGAUCAGUGACACCCUCUGACCUCCGAAAAGCAUAUUCCUUAGAACAAAAAGACACCCUCUCUGAAUCACUGAGUUCAGUUGGAUCCACAGGCUUUGCAGGUAGAGGAUCAAGAGUGGCAACACCUGACUCCAUUGAAGAUGAUGAUGAACCCAGCAAUUCUGACAUUGUUACAAGAGAUACCACUUUGAAUGCCUCAGAGAAAAGGGAGAUCACUCAACAUGGACAGACAGGUUCCACACCAUCUAAAGAGAGGGCCAUGACUCCUGUUGAGCUGCUUAGUCCACAUGAUGUUGGCAUUGACAAGGGAGAGGGUGAAGAGAAGAGGAAUGUUGUAAAGAAGGCAUUUGGGACAUUGCUUGGGAGGACCAUUGACUACUGCUUCAGAAUCAUUGACCAGUGUGAUAGAAAGCCAAAAGUGCAGGAGGAUGUUGAACUGCAAAAUGCUUGUCGGUUGGAGACGGUCAAGUUGCUAGACCUUGUAUGCAAGAUAGACCCAGCCCAGAUUCCUCGCACAUUCCGCGAGCUCAAGAGGCUGGUUACCAUGGUAACCUCAGAUGACAACAACCCAAAGCUUCUCAUUGUCAUCCUUCGGUUUCUUCUUAAUCAUAGUAAGGCAGUGGCAUAUGACCCCCAGCAGGAGUUACGUACUCUGUUCCACAGAGUGCUGUCCCGAAAGUUCACCUCGACAGCAAUCGCAUUCGACAUCAUCAUGUUCACCCUUGACAACCUGGAGUCGCUCACACAUGACUACAACAUCAUGGCUACAUACUUCCCAAACUUGUUCAAGAUCCUUGCCUGGAACCCUCACACCUAUGUUGGGGACUUCCUGGAUACUGUGCCAGCAAUGAUGUCACUGGGCACAUCGCUGGAAGUCUUCCACACCAUUAUAGAUCUCCCUUGCAUGACAGUGGCUCUGUACGUAGAGGAACGGUCUAAGUCUCUGGAUCUCACCACUAUGCCUUCUCCAAGUGAGGAAGAGCCUACUUCUGCCAUAGAAGCCUUCAAGAAUGCUCUGUUCAGACCAAUGUUCAACUUCUUCACAAGGGCAGAAGGUGGCCAUGGAGAUACCAUUAACAGACUUGACAAGUUCCACAGUUCUAUUGCUGACUUAAUGGAGCAUUCACGUGUGCUGGUGUGCUACCAGGCAGCUCCCGUACUCCUCAGGUGUUGGUUCAGUGUGAUCCUGGAAAAUGUUGAGAGUGACUUUGUGUCUGCCCUGCUGUCGGUGCUGAUAGAGAGAACUGGGCUGAUAUACGGUAUCCCUGAGUACAAACAGGACGUUCGUAGGAUAAUAACAGAAAACUUGGUGCUGUUGUUGAAGAAGUUUCCAGAAACUGUAGUCAGACAGCGAGCCGAGAUUGGGGACUUUCUCUCCAACACCAGCAACAUUCUGGGCAGGGAAGCUUUUUUCAAUCAGCUGGUUUGGGCAGUUGGUGAGUUCCUGUCCACAGCAUACAGCCCUGACUGCAGUGCAGAGGUCGUAGGUCAGAUGUAUGAGACCCUGGAGUUGCUUACAUACGAGGUAAUUGGGGUCACAGGGUCAACCCCUGCCGCAAGUGCUCCCUACAGUGUACAGGUUGUCUCCUACCUCAUGUCUACCCUUGCUAAGCUUGCAAGUCGCUGUCAGGACCUUAUUCCUCGCGCCAUCCUGUGCCUUACCAAGGUUGCUAGGCAACACCGCAGUGAUGUCGUGGCAACAGAAGACCAGGAAAUACUCUUCACAAAGGCUCAGGAACUCAUCAAUCUACUUAAAAUGCCAAACUUUGCAUCAGUUAUUUUGAAUCCACCCCCAACAUUGGAAACGGACAGAGUACACGAGGACAACUCUUCCCUUGCCACACUGCUGAGGUUCACCCAUAGGCUUGUGGCUCCUACAGUCUAGAACAACCCUGUCCUACAUUCCUGGUUCCUGUAUUCCAGGGCACACAAGGACACAUAGUAUAGACCAGUCACAUUAUUCAUAUCAACAUGUCUCCCAUAGCUUAGAAACAACCUUUUUCAUACUGACAUGGCUCCAACUGUCUACAUAACCCCCUUCUUAAUUCUGACAUGGCUCCAACUGUCUACAUAACCCCCUUCUUAAUUCUGACAUGGCUCCAACUGUCUACAUAACCCCCUUCUUAAUUCUGACAUGGCUCCAACUGUCUACAUAACCCCUUUCUUAAUUCUGACAUGGCCCCCACAGUCUAGAUAACCCCCUCUUUUAUUCUGACAUGGAUCCCACAGUCUAGAUAACCCCCUCUUUAUUUUGACAUGGCCCCCACAAUCUAGAUAACCCCCUCUGUAUUCUGACAUGGCUCCCACAGUCUAAAUAACCCCCUCUUUAUUCUGACAUGGCUCCCACAAUCUAGAUAACCCCUUCUUCAUUUCGACAUGGCUCCCAAAGUCUAGAUAAUCUCCUUCUUUUUUUCUGACAUGGCUCCCAUAGUCUAGAAACACAAUCUUCUUCAUUCUGAAGUGGUUCCAAAUCUAGAAUCCCCCAUUCUUUAUACUGAAAUGGCUCCCAGUCCGUUUUUAUACAGAAAUGGCUCCCAGUCUAGAUAACCAUCUUCUUUAUACAGACAUGUCAUUGUUGAACUACAGGGACAACAUUUAACAUAUUCCUAUUAAGUAUCAAUUGUUAUUGUACCGCUCAUCUUUACAUGAAUCUGUGCCAAUAUGUUAAAUAAUUACAUCAUUUCAAGCUAAGCAUUUUUUCCGCUUAAAAUUGAAUAUUGAAAGUUGUCUCAUUGCAUUCAUACUGAAUUAGAGUUAAGGCUUUUAAAACAUAUAAAUGAUAAGUGUUGCAUAUUGUUUACACCAUGAAAUUUUGAAGUUAAGACACAUUUACUGAGAAAGAUGUGUAUUAAUUACAUGUAUGUAUGUAUGUAUGUAUGUAUGUAUAUAUUGUGAUAAAAUAUAUAAGUGCAAUAAUGUUAAAUAAUAAA